GGGCCGGGGCCAUGUGUCGCGCGCGGCUCCGCCUCCCGCCGGUCCUCUGAGGCGGCGGCCGGGGGGAACGCAGAGAGAACCAGCCAGGCACCUAUCUGGGCCGUACGGUGCCCAUGACUGGUGCCCCGGACUGCGCCAUGGCGAGGCCUUUUUCUUUGGUCCGGACCAUCCGGAAGGGGCUUUCUGGGCCCCGCCCCGUCUGGCCUGGCCUGGCCUGCUCGAGUCUUGCAAGCUCUGCAGGCAGCUAGCGGGCAGACCCCAGCCCCACGUCCUGCUACCCGUCUGCGAAGGAUCUGGGAAUGGGCAGCGCCACCCGGCCCGCUCCAGAGUCAGCAUGGGUCUCAACAAGGCCGGGUGACGCUCCAGAAUGGGAGACAAGCCAAUUUGGGAGCAGAUUGGAUCCAGCUUCAUUCAACAUUACUACCAGUUAUUUGAUAACGAUAGAACCCAACUAGGCGCAAUUUACAUUGACGCGUCAUGCCUUACGUGGGAAGGACAGCAGUUCCAGGGGAAAGCUGCUAUUGUGGAGAAGUUGUCUAGCCUUCCGUUCCAGAAAAUACAGCACAGCAUCACGGCACAGGACCAUCAACCCACACCAGAUAGCUGCAUCAUCAGCAUGGUUGUGGGCCAGCUCAAGGCCGAUGAAGAUCCCAUCAUGGGGUUCCACCAGAUGUUUCUAUUAAAGAACAUCAAUGAUGCUUGGGUUUGCACCAAUGAUAUGUUCAGGCUUGCCCUGCACAACUUCGGCUGACCACCUCCCAGCCAGGCACUCAUGCUGUUUCCUCCUCCCUCCUCUUCCCAAUACUAUUCACACUCCUCCAGAUGCUCCAAAUAUCAUACACAAAUGAGCAGAGCCGUGGUGGGAGUGGGCGCAGUGCGCUGCUGCCACCAAGGUGUUGUGCAUGAUGUUUGGAUGCUAGACUAGUCGCAUCUGACAGGAGAAGUUUGUGUUGUACCAGCGCAUGCCUUGGAAAGACUUAAGUAAUGCAAAAGGUUGUCCUUUUUUUUUUAAUCUACUGACAAGUUGCUCUAGUAACCCAAAGAAGUGAAGGAGAAAGCAGCUGCCUCACCGCCCAGAUUGAUUUGUUCAGAUGUUUCAAUGCCUCAUGAUACAAUAAAACCACAAAAAUUUUCUUAACAGUUUAAAUUGUUUUAAUUAGUUUACUAGUUGACUGGGCAUCAGUAGCUAACUUGACCCAUUGUCUCCCUCAUGUCUCACCCUGCCACCUCUGUCCCAACUUCACAAUACCUGUUGCAAGGAGAAAACUGCUAAAGCAGCACUCGCAGCUAGCUUCUCUCAAGCUCACCUGGUCUUGGGAAAGCAGACAAGGAGAACUUAGGUCUGGCCUGAAGUUUCCCUUGCACUAAAGCCUCUGCAGUCAGUUCUGAUACCUCUUGUGACCUCUGCCCUAGGUAGAUGCAGGGUUCUACUAGUGGGAGAGAUAACCCUGAAUCCUACUGAAGCUGGAGAGACCUUGGCAAAAUGACCCAUCAGGUUUCAGUCCCUCUGGACUGAAGUCUCAGCAAUAUCAAGGGAGAGGCCUUUACUCCCUGAAGGGCAAGGAUCAUAUCCAGGGUACCCCACAUACCCCAAACGAAGCAGAGGGACAGCUCGGUCCUGUACCACCUGCUUUGGAUGUCAUUGCCUACAGAGCCAGACCCAGUUGGUUUGGAGUAUAGAUUUGGAGCCAUGGGGGAAGGCAGUCUGAAUGUGGGAGAUUCAUGUUCUAAGAGCUCUCAGACCUCUGCAAGACAUUUCCAGGCUUUCUCCCUCAAUUUCCUUCCUCAGCACACACACUCCACAGUGUCUUCAAAUCCCAGCAUGUCUUAGCUAUUAAGGCAGUUUCUGCUUCUCAGUUUUGGGGACAGAGGCUUUGCCCAUUACAAAUCUAGGCCCUCAGCCCAGAGACCUCUGGAUGGUAUAAACUUAGCGGAAAGGUAGCAACUGCAGUCUAGAACCAAACCCAGGAUUUGGUGAUUGCCCUGUUAGGGGUUUUAGGAUUGGUAAGGGUACCACAGCUAAGUCUGACCUGUAAAAGGUACCCUCUCUACCUCCCACUAUAGGUGGAGGCUAAGGAUUUCCUCAGACCCCUCGGUUGCCUGUCUACACUGGGCACAGGGCUGGAUGGUGUGCUGUUUGACAGGUCAGCAUGCUUAGGAAAUUUCAGUUGGGCUGAUCUCUAGGCUGGUGUGUGUUUGGGGAGGUGGGGGUGGGGGAGAGGUAGAUGCCUGCUGCCUCUUAAACCACCCUGUAUAAAAUCCGCAAUACAGCUUCUUCCAUGUACCUGUGCCUGAAUUGUCUGCAAUAAAGAGGAGUUUGUAAACUA